GGCAAAGCGGCGUGACGUCACGUUCCCACAAUGCACGCGCUCUUGAACUCGAGUGCUGCUCCUGUGUUUAGAGGGAAAGAGUGCAGGCCCAGAAAAAAAGCUACAAAAAUACAGAAAAAAACCCUAAAUGUGUAGAUUUGACCCGUUUCUGGCGGAGUGAAGGCGGGAUGGCCGAGCGGCGGGGUGAAUGCGGUGUUAGCGGGGCUCUGUUGGUGUGAAAGAGGAGGACAAAGUGGAGUUCUGCGGCGCUUUAAAGUUUUGUGAUGUUCAGGAUAUGAGACAAUGUUUCAUGGGAAGGACCAACUUAACAGCCACCUACAAACCCAUGACUCCAACAAGCAGGAGCUGCAGUGCGAAGAGUGCGGAAAACACUACAACACUCGUCUGGGCCUGAGACGGCAUGUGGCCACUCACACCACCUCGGUCAGUGGGGAUCUAACCUGUAAGGUGUGCCGCCAGGUUUUCGAUAGCAUGCCGACUCUGCUGGAGCACCUGAGCACGCACACGGGGCGUCCUCCUCCGGGUGGAGUUGUGCGGGAGAGAAAGCACCAGUGUGAGCGGUGCGGCCGACGCUUCUUCACCCGGAAGGACGUGAGGCGUCACGCGGUGGUGCACACGGGCAGGAGGGACUUCCUGUGUCCUCGCUGUGCCCAGCGCUUCGGCCGCCGUGACCACCUCACCCGCCACCUGAAGAAAAGCCAUGCUCAGGAGCUGGAUGUCCUCACCUCCGUGCCUCCUAGCAUUGUGAAGGAAGAGCCGAGCCCCACCAUGUGUUCCUCUGGCUCGCCUAAAGAUGCCUCCGAAGCCUUUUCUAUGGGCAUGUUCAACCCCCAAGGCCUGCAGAGUGCCUCUACCUCAGGGGUCAGUCACCAUCAUUCGUUAGUGCCUGGCCCCCUGCCCAGCCCAAUGGGCGUGGGCUGCUACCUUGAGCCAAGCAAGCACCAGCCACCGCAACAGUACCAAGAAGCUCACAGAUACCAGCCUGGCUCCGCUACCUCAUACCUGAAGGCAGAGAUGGAAAACUUCCUGUCGGAACUCCAAUGUGGGCCGAUGCCGCCACAGGCUUCGGUUGCAAGCUCCACCUCCAGACCUGGCGACCUUCUCCCUGAGGGUCUAGGAGGUCAGGCUGCCCACUUCACCCUCAGGAACUCCGCCUUCGCCACAGCCGAGCCUUCACCCCCUGCUGCUAACAUGGACCUCUCCCACCUCUUGGGCUUCCUGCCCUUCGGCCUGCCGCCGUACAGCGCCCCCUUGAGCUCAGGAGGCCUCGUGAUGGGAUACUCCACCACCACUUCAGCCGGCUCCCCAACCUCUACCUCUCAGCUCUCUGGGCCACUUACCUCAUUUCAGCCUCAGCCGCUGCACGAGCCUCAAGCCUCAGGGCAUUUAAACCAGCUGUCUGGUUUCUCUCCUACUCUACCUCGAUUCCACCAGGCCUUCCAGCAGUAACGCUGCUGAUCGGAUCCUUCGUGUUUCUGCCUCAAUGAUUUGAGAAGCUCCAUUGUAUCAUUGCCAAAUGGCUUUUUUUUUUUUUUUUAAUCAUUUAACGCAGUGUACUCAACGGUGUUGUUUUGGUUUGACUCAUACACUGCAGCCUGAGACUGUUCGUAUGGAUUCUAUAGAAUGAGAUGAUUACGAGAAAUUUGCUCUAGUUUGAAUAGAGAUUGUUUUUUUUGUUUUUUUAGAAUAGUUUUAAAUAUUAGAUUAGAUUUCCUGUUUCCUAGUAGGUGUUCCCUAUAUUGGCUUGUAGUGAUUUUAAUGAUUUUUUUUUUUUUUUUUUUUUUU